UUGAUUGAAUGUGCAUGUACUUUUGUUUGCAGUAUACAUUGUUUGCAGUAUACAUUUGCAACAUAGCCAGGAAGCUGGAACACACAUUUUCUGCAAUCAUAAUGGCGGUAGUAACAAAUGUGAUAGAUAUUCUGUUCUUUUCCCUGACAUCCUUGUGUCUCGUGUCAUGUGAGCUGUCUUGCAAAGAUCCAAAUGGAAACAAUGUAGAUUGGUUCAUAGUCCAGAAACUGCCCUGGAACCGCGAAAGCAGCAAUCCCUUGAUUCAUGAUGGCGUAGCCCAUCUGUACAUGGACGUCCACAGUUCAUCUUUCUCUCUUUCCGACGUCUCUCUGAACGACAGUAACCAGGCAGUGGGAUAUACUUUAAAGCAGAUCUACACAAAUUUCGAAAGCCAGAAUGUUUUAUACAUGAUGUAUAACGAUGAAUUUCCGAACGGAACGAAGGAAGGCCACGGACAUACAAAAGGGACAAUCGCAUUUGACAACGCGUCCGGGUUUUGGCUUGUUCAUAGCGUCCCCAAGUUCCCCGAUUUCGCAAAGAAUAGUUACGUCUGGCCUAGUAGUGCAUGUAAUUACGGGCAAUCUAUGCUGUGUAUCUCCAUGAAGACGGACGAGUUCGUUAAAGUCGGAAAACAGCUUCUCUACAACUACGCCAGUGCAUAUGAUUGGAAUAUUCCACCCUCAUUCCAGUCAAAAUUCUCUAAUUUUGUGGAAGUGUCGAAGAGUGAACCAAUCUCACAACCUCCAUGGAACAGCACUGUAUUGCUGACUUCUCUUGCUGGACAAUCCUUCACCAGCUUUGCCAAAUUUACCGAUUUCGAACAAGAUCUAUAUUGGUACUUAGUAGCACCAUCUCUUGGAGAUGAUCUUUAUGUGGAGUCGUGGCUGCGUACGCCUAAGUUACCAUCCUUCUGCAACGGCAGCUACCACGUUGAGAAUGUGCAGCUUCUGGGGUUCCCAAACGUACCAGGGUUCAAGGAAACUGUGGAUCACUCCAAGUGGGCCAUUGGCAAGAACAAGAAGUGGGUGUGCAUUGGAGACAUCAACAGAAUGGGAAGUCAAUAUAAGCGCGGUGGUGGAACAGUUUGUGGUCUGCUCGCUACUCCUUGGGAGCAGUAUACAUCGGCAAUACAACAGGUAGACAAGUGCCCUACCAAACGUGUCUUUGGAAACCGUACUUAAACUUCACAUAUUAGCAGCAGACUUGACUUGAUCUCGUUUAGAAUUUCCUAGAUGGAACAAUGCUGUUCCUAAGAUUAGGCCUACCGAAAUGUUUGCCCAUGCAUGUACAUUUUGCAACAUUGCAUAAAAAAUAUAUAUAUCGGAGGAACGUUUGUAUCUUUUGCAUGCGAACUUAUAUAGCCAACUAUGAUGAGAAUAUUUUGUUGUCGCAAUAGUGAAACACGCGAGUGUUACUUUUUCGUGUUUAGAAUAUUGUUCAAUUACAAAUUCAAUGAAAAAUACUAGUCUUCCAGGUGACUGGUAUUUAAUUUUCCAGUAAAGGAGAAUUGUACAUUAUUUAGUAGAACUAAAAAUGAUCAAUAUUCAAGUUUCUUUUGUUACGAAUAUGCAAAUAUUGCCCCGACCCAACAACUGGUAUCAAAGGUAGUGUGUCUCUUUUGGAGGCUGAGAAUAUAAAACUAUGUGUAUCCUAUGGUAAUCAAAAGAUAAUACCAACUCAAAACUCCUCUCAAAAGAUUAAAAAAUGGUAAUUGCCCUAUGUGGAAUUAUAUCGAAUUUUCAAAAUGUGUUGCAAAAAAUAGGCCUAGGAUGCAGUCUGAUUUUCAGACCCUUGUAUCGCAUAGUAGCACGUUUUGCGCCGAGUAAAGACUCAUUGGCCCGAAUUCACAAAGCAAGGUUUGAGCUCAAACCUCCUUUUGUUUCGCCAAACCUCCUUUUGUUCUGUACAAACCAGGUUUGUAAAAAACGCGUAAAACGCGUCAUAUGACGUACGAAAACCAAGGUUUGUCGACAAACCUCCUUUGUGAAUUAGGGCCGAUAAGUUUAAUUUUGGUCAUUAUAAGAAGCAGGUCAAUAAAGUGUACGAAUGAAAAUAUACCCUUUACAUCUUAUUUUGUCUAUGUUAUCAACAAAUUUAAAAAGGCAGUCAGUCACUCAUUUGAACAGUGUCUGACAGUAAAAUCUAGAUAGUAAACGGUUUCCCUUGCGUAACAGUUACUAGGUCACUGCUUACGUUUUGUAAUUACAGGACCUUUUGAGAAUAUAAUUAAAAACAUGUAUUAUGACGUGCAACUUUCUAUAAAGUUGCAACAGGGUAUCACUUGUUGGUGUUAAACAGGGUACACACUAAGCCCUGUAUUAUUUUCUCUCUAUAUAUUAUGAAUAUGUUUUAUAAUGACUGCCGUCUAGUUACGUUUGGAAAUGAAAUCUUAUCCUGCUUGUUGUAUGCUUAUGAUUUAGUUAUUAUGUCAGAAUCAGCAGAGGGGCUACACAAUGCGCUAUACAAUCUUGGCGCAUAUUGUUAAGUUUGGAAUUUUUAAGUUAAUACAAGUAAGAAAAAUAUUAUUAUAUUCAAUAAGCGUUAAAGAAAUAUAAUUUUCAUAUUAAUAAAUAUGCAUAUUGAGAUUGUUAAUGAAUACAAAUAUUUGGGAUUGGUGUUUAAACCGUAUAUGGAACAUACUCUUAUGCAAAUAAAAAUGUGUCUGAUAAAUCUAAGAAGGCUAUAUUUCUGUUAAUAUUAUAAGAAAUACUCUUAGGAGUGACCGGAAGUUAAUAAGUUCUGAUAUAAAGUUAUUUGAUGCAUGUAUUAAACCUAUUAUAAUGUAUAAUUCAGAGGUUUGGAUAUCAUAUAUUUUAGGUAAAGGUAGGAACCACAUUGAGAAACAGUACCCGACAAAGCUCAUAUUAAAUAUUUGAAAUAUUUAUUAGGAGUAUAAAUAGAGCAGCUGUGAAUAGUGCCGUCUUAGCAGAGCUAGGACGAGAGUGUCAUUUCGUAAUGAACAGUCAAGUUCUAAAUAACCAGAGAACUGAUUUGUUUGACACUAUUAUAAAUAUAGUUCCGUCAUUGAAAAAUAUAAAUUUGGAGGAGCAAAUUUUAUUUUGUACUCCUAAGUAGUGACUAUGACAUUAGUAGUAUCUGUGUACUGAGUAUAAGUCAAAUGAAUAUAGAAAGAGAGAAAUUACUUCACAAGACUUAGUAAUGUACUUUAAAUUACCUUUAAUUUAUUUUCGCCAUGUGCCUGAUAUCUUAGGUGUAUUCUGACCUAAUGUAUAUGUACUAAUGUAUGUAUUUUGUUCUAAUGUAUCGUUGUUCGUGUCUGAUGUUUAUCCGACCUUGUAGAUUAGUAUCAAUAAACUUGAAACUUGAAGCUUAAAA